CCUCCUCUGCACAUUCUGUACUUUCAAUUCUCUCUUGUCUUCCCUUCUUUGCGUCUCUGAGAGGUCUGAGGAUGAACCUCGUACUAAUUGACACCAUUUUCACAUAAUCGGGGUUCUUUAUAAUCUUAACUAAUAAACAAUACCUCCAAAAAUGGGAGAUAACAAACGUAAGAGGGGACGCAAACCCAAAAACCCCGCCUCCGAAACCCUAGACUUACCCUCCAACACCACAGCCGCCGCCGCCGCCCCUAACACCACCACAACCACCGCCGCCACCACCAACAACAACAAUACCAACCAUUCCACCAUGGACGACGUCUUCUCCGUCGGCAACGUCGAGCUCAUCGACAACACAACUUCUCCCGAUCUCCGUCGCCGCCGCGGCCGACCCAAGAAGCUGCCCAACCACUCCGACAAGCCCCCCGCUCUUGCCACGGGGCGCCGCCUCGCUCGCCCAAUUGACAACUCCGUCGAUUGUACGGUUCCCGGCGGCGAAGUCGGGGGCUCCGCCGCGGUGGCCAUGGAAACGGAAGUGGACCCGGCGUGGGAGAGCGUUUCGGAUAGGGUGUUGCCGGCGAUGGACUCGGUGGUGAAGGUAUUUUGCGUGCACACGGAGCCGAAUUUUUCGCUGCCGUGGCAGAGGAAGAGACAGUACAGCUCAAGUAGCAGUGGGUUUGUGAUCGGGGGAAGGAGGGUUCUCACCAAUGCGCAUUCUGUGGAGCACUAUACACAGGUCAAGCUCAAGAAACGUGGCUCUGACACUAAGUACUUGGCCACUGUACUUGCCAUCGGAACUGAGUGUGACAUUGCCAUGCUUACAGUUGAUGAUGAUGAGUUCUGGCAAGGGAUGUCACCUGUAGAGUUUGGGGAUUUGCCCACACUUCAAGAUGCGGUCACUGUUGUGGGCUACCCAAUUGGUGGAGACACUAUUUCUGUGACCAGUGGUGUUGUAUCCCGCAUUGAGAUUCUAUCUUAUGUCCAUGGCUCCACUGAACUUCUAGGUUUACAGAUAGAUGCUGCUAUAAAUUCUGGCAAUUCUGGUGGGCCUGCAUUUAAUGAUAAAGGAAUGUGUGUGGGGAUUGCAUUUCAGUCCCUCAAGAACGAAGAUGUGGAGAAUAUAGGAUAUGUCAUUCCGACACCAGUUAUCAUACAUUUCAUCCAGGAUUAUGAGAAGAAUGGAGGAUAUACUGGGUUCCCUAUUCUUGGGGUUGAGUGGCAGAAAAUGGAAAAUCCUGAUCUACGAAUGGCAAUGGGCAUGAGACCUGAUCAGAAAGGUGUGCGUAUUAAAAGAAUUGAUCCUACUGCUCCAGAAUCUAAGGUUUUGAAGCCAUCAGAUGUUAUCCUUAGCUUUGAUGGAGUUGAUAUUGCCAAUGAUGGAACAGUUCCUUUUCGUCAUGGAGAGCGCAUUGGUUUCAGUUAUCUCAUAUCCCAGAAGUAUACUGGGGACGAGGCAGCAAUUAAAGUAUUGCGAAAUUCAGAAAAUUUCAAAUUUGACAUUAAACUCGAUAGUCACAAAAGACUUAUUCCAGCACACAGCAAGGGCAGGCCUCCCUCAUAUUAUAUUAUUGCAGGAUUUGUUUUUACAACUGUUUCAGUUCCAUAUCUUCGUUCUGAGUAUGGAAAGGAGUAUGUGUAUGAAGCUCCAGUCAAGCUUUUGGAUAAACUGCUGCAUUCAUUGCCACAAUCACCAGAUGAACAACUUGUUGUACUCUCUCAGGUGCUGGUGGCUGAUAUCAACAUUGGAUAUGAAGAUAUUGUUAACACCCAGGUCCUUGCUUUCAACAGUAAACCCGUGAAAAAUCUUAAGAGCUUGGCCAGUAUGGUAGAGAGCUGCGAUGAUGAAUAUUUUAAAUUUGAUCUAGAUUAUGAUCAGAUAGUGGUCCUUCGUGCGAAGACUGCAAAAGCAGCUACUCUAGAUAUUCUUGCAACACAUUGCAUUCCAUCAGCAAUGUCUGAUGAUCUUAAGUCAUGAUCUGGAUCAUAUUGUAGGUAGAUUCGGCAUCUAGUUAA